AUGAUUCCUCCACGGUCGGUGUCUAAUGUGAGCGAGAGCGACUUGGAGAGGGGAAGAGGUACGCCUCUUGUGUGUGUCCGUGUCCGUGUGAUUGGAGGCGCAUGAUCCCGUUUGUGUGUGGUUGUUGUCGACACGCGCGCAGGCGGUGCGCCUGAUGACCCCCUGUCCCGCUCGACGAGCAGCGAGAAUGUCAUGCUGGAUCCCUCACACUGGCACACUUACAGGUGGGACACACACACACGCACACGCACUUCUUGAAGGGGCACAUCUAUCGCUGCAUCCAUCGCAUUUGUGUGUCCGUCCGUGUGGAUGGGUGUGUGUUGCAUCCAGUGACUCUAAUCUGCUCAAGCCGUCCAUCCACCACUCCCACAGCCAUGUGGAGCACCACAGAAAGAGAUCAGACUCCGAGAAAAGGUACACACACAGAUAAUUACACCCACACGGCACACACAGAUGGACACGUGUGUGGUGUGUAUGUGUGUGUGUGUGUGUAGGGUUCCGCGAUACUUUUCUGUCCAGCAUUUGGGCGCCCUCAUCCCGGAGAAAUACUCACCCUUUCACUGCGCAAAAGGUAAUCACUGAACCCAUCAAUCAUACGGAGGAGCUCUCUGUGUGACCAUACCUGUCACACACAUCCAUCCAUGCAUAUGUGUGUGUGUGCGAAGGUAUCGUCCAGGGCUGGGGAGUGGGGAAGGGGUGGCAGUACUGGAAGACCGAGAUACUCAGCGGCCUCAUCGUCUGCUUCGCACAGGUAGGUACACACACCAUCCCAAUCCCACACACACGCACUCGCAGUCACAUGUGUCCUCUCUCUCUCUGUGUGUGUGUGUCUGCAGGUGCCCGAGACAAUGGCCUUUUCCCUCAUGGCCAAUCUCGACCCCUCGGUAGCCACACACGCUGACAGACACACACACACACACGAAGCACGUUGAGUUGAUGGUGUGUGUGUGUGUAUGUGUGUGUCAAUAUAGGUGGGUCUGCACGCGACAUGGAUAGUGGGCCUCUUCGCCACGGCUCUCGGCAACAGAACCGGUGUGUGGGUGGGGGUGUGGGUGUGGGUACACACACACAUGCACGGAUGGGUCCACUGGUGAGUGUGUGCGUGUGCAGGUCUGAUUAGCGGCGUUACUGGGGCGGUUGCAGCUGGUAGGCAUACCACGCACACACACGCAGCCAAAGAGGGACAGGGAGAGAGGGACAGUGACACGUGCACAUUUUGUGUGUGUGUGUGUGGUGCUGGAUGGGUGCUCUGCAACAGUGGUGUCUACGUACAUCGAGAAGAAGUGUGAGGGCCACGGACACGAUGCCCACUGUGAAUAUAUAGGUCAGUGGGUCUGUGGGGGGGUGCGGCCGACCACACACACAUACACACACACACACAGAGAGAGAGAGAGAGAGAGAGAUAGAGGAAAAUGCGUGUGUGUUCCUGUUUGCAGGAGCAGAGGCCCUCUUUCUGUCGGUGCUCGUGGCCUCCGUCCUCAUGUACGCGCCAUGCCAUGCACACACAGCACGAAUGCAAUGCGUGGAUGGAUGGAUGGAUGUAUCCCCAAUCAAAACACGCAUACACACCUCCCACACACACAGGUUUCUGUUCGCCCUGCUGCGGCUGGCGUCACUGAUACAGCUGGUCCCCACUCCUGUCAUGAUCGGUACGCACACACACACACACACACAGAGAGAGAGAGAGAGAGACACACACGCACCUUCACCCGCUUAUGAUCUGUCUGUGUGCAGGGUUCGUCAACGGCCUGGCCAUCGUUAUCGGUACGUUCUUAUCUUACCGACAGCAUGCACACCACACGUACUGACAGUAGGUAUACGUACGUAUAUCGUGUGUAGGAUUGGCGCAGCUGCACCCCUUCCAGAUGGGCCCUGGGCACACGUGGGUCACCGGCAAGACGGUGGGUGCCGUGCCAUGCACAUACACAGAUUCAUCCAUAUGCAUCCAUGUGUGCGAGUGUGUGUGUUUGUGUGCGCACAGGCGGUGUUUAUGGCGAUUCUGUGUCUGCUUGCCAUGAUCACCGUACACACGCACACACAGCGGGAGAGAGAGAGAGUUUGUGUGCACCCACCUGUCCGUAUGUGUGUGUGUGUGUGUGCAGAUGGAGUUCUUCACAAGGGUGCCCGUCGUCGGGAAGCUCAUUCCCUCCUCACUUGUCGCUGUGGUGCGUCCACACACACACACACACACACAGGCGAAUGUGUGUUGCGUAUGAUGCAUGCAGGCUUCCUCCGUUGCCUUUGAAUUCCUCAUCGUUAGACUUGGUACACACACCCACACGCACGAUACACAGACGGACAGACAGACACACAGACACACAGACAGACAGACACAUCUGUGUUUCCGUGUGUGGCUGCAUCGCAUCGCAAUGCAUCGCAGCGUUCGGGAGCGAGACACUGACCGUUGACGACGUGGCGCCACUCACCAGAGACAAAGUACACACACACACAGAGAGAGAGAGAGAGACAUGAACGUAUGUGUGUGUGUGUGUGUGUGUUUGUCCACACACACACACACAGGCCUUCCCUUUGCCCUUCUGGAUUGACUCACGAUACGACAUGGCCACCGGUAGGUACCUGCCUACGGACGUCUGUCUGUCCAUGUGUGUGUGUGUGUGUGUGUGUGUGUGCAGCCACGACAAAGGCGAAAGAGUUAUUGGGGUCGGCGGAGGGGCGGACGACCGUCAUUACACAAGGUGGGUCGAGGGCAUGCACACGCUUACACAGAGUGGGAGAAGGAAAGAAAGAGAGAGUGCGGGCCUGUGUGUGUGUUCAGGUGUGACUCUGUUUAUCGUGGCCACGAUGGAGAACCUCAUGACCACUGAAGUGGUCGCUGGUACGCAUCUGUGUGUAUGUGAGCGCUAUAGUGCCUCUACCCUCCCUCCCUGUGUGUGCGACCAACCUGACUGACAGACCUGCAGAAGACCCCAUACGACGGCGACCAACAGAUGUUCGGGUAGGUACCUAUGACCCACACACACACACACACACACACACGUGAGCCACGUGCUUGUGUGGGCGUGUGUGUGUAUGUGUGUGUGCGUGUGCAGCACUGCGGUGGGCAACUUCUUCGCCGGACUGCUCGGCACAAUGGGUACGCCACACACACUCAGACACACACACACACAUCCAUACCCACACACGUGUACGUGUGUGUGUGUGUGUUGAUAUAGGCGGUGACGCGAUGAUCGGGCUGUCGGUGAUGAACUGCCGCAACGGGUCGACGGGCAAGGAAGCCGGUUUGGUCACGUCCAUCUGUGUGUUCCUGAUCCUCACGGGCGGCUACGAGAUCCUCAAGUGAGAUUACUCCCACACAAACACACCGGCACACACACAUGGGGAUGUGUGUGUGUGUGUGUGUGAUACGAAUGUCCGGACAGUUACAUCCCCAUGGCGGCACUGUCGGGCAUCAUGUUUGUGGUCGUCUUCCACACCUUCAGAUGGUGGGUGCCUUGGGGCACACACACACACACACACACACAGACCUUCCCCCAACACACACACACACAUGACAUCGACGCGUGUUUGUGUAUAUCUGUGAAUCACACACACACACACAUGCACACACAGGUACUCCAUUCCCAUGGUGAUCGGCACCUUCCUCCCGCCCUUUCUCAGACGGGGCAUCUUCGACCAGGUGUCUGUGCGACACACACACACACACAGAGCCCUCUCUCUCUCUCUCUCUCUCAUACCCUCUGUGUGUGUGAUUGGGUGGGUUUGGUGUGUGCAGAGGAUUCGUCGAUGGGACGCGUUAGUCAUUCUCGCUGUCACGCUGGUCACGGUGUUCACCAAUAUCAUGAUCUCAAUCGGACUCGGUACCAACACACAGCACAGAGACGCAAGUUAUGCGUUCGUUUAUCUCUCUCUCUCUCUCUCUGUGUGUGUGUGUGUGUGUGUGUAGGCAUCUUCAUCAGCGCGUUGGUGUUUGCGUGGGACUCACAGCGGCGGAUGUCCGUCGACUGCUCGACCAUUGAGGGCACCAAAGUAAACACACACUCUGUGUAUACGCCCUCGCACACACACAUACAUUCGUCUCAUUCCCUCUCUCUCUCGCUCCGUGUGUGUGUGUGUGUCCGCGUCAGUAUUAUGAGGUCUCAGGCCCCGUCUUUUUUGGAUCGAAAGUGGGCAGACCCCCACACACAGACAGAGAGACCCAUGACGUGCGCACAUUUAUCACGUGUGUGUCCGUGUCGACACUCCGUAGGUCAAGUUUGAAAGCAUGUUCGACUAUGACAACGACCCCGAUGUGCGUGAGAGCCCUUUCUCCCCCCUCCCCCCUCCCCGCCAACACACACACAUACACGUGUGACAUGCAGGCCUAUCUCUCUGUGUAUGUGUGUGUAUGUGUGCGUGGUGUGCAGCACAUAGUGAUCGUGCUGCGUCGGUCGGGGCUCGCAGACUACUCAGCGCUGGAAAGGUGCGCACACACACAGACGUGUAGAUCUGUUUGUGUGCAUCCAUCCGUAUCUCUCUGUCUCUGUCUCUCUUUCUGUCAGCAUCAACGCCGUCAAGCGCGAGUACCAGAAACGGAAGAAGACUGUGCGCGUCAAGGUGCGUGCCGAAACCGCACACCCAUACUGAUGUGCAUCCAUGUCCGUGCGUGUCUGCGUGAAUGUGGUGCGACCAGGGGCUGUCGUCGGAGUGUGUGCGGAUGCUCUCCCGUGCCGGGCGGAUCCUCAAGCACGUCGACCUCGAUAUGGUCGAAAUGGUGCGCGAGCAGACUCAUAUUGACACCACCACUCUGCAGAUGCACCAUCUGCUUGUGUGUGUGUGUGUGUGUUAGGAUGUGCCUGAGAUCCGUCCGUUUGCAUCGCUGGCUUACGGCCUGCCCGGCAUAGAGGUGUCGCGGCGUCUAACACAGGCACCACUGACCAACCUGCUCCCGCCACCGCACUACGAACGUACACACACGCAGCCGAGAGGGAGACAUAGAGAUACCACAUGUUGCCCGUGUGUGUGUCUGUGUAUGUGCAGGGGAUGAGGAGGGUCUGCCAGUGUUCCGCAGACACAUCGUGCCCCCAAGCAACAUCGGAUCGACGACACAAGAAAAACCAGGUGCUUUGAUGCAUCCACAUACACAGGUUCAUGUAUGUGUGUGUGUGUGUAUCCCUGUGUGUGUGUGGGUGUGUUGUGUGUGUGUGCAGCUGAGGGUGGCGGUGGCGGUGAGCUGCGGUUCCCCACACCCAUGACCCCCAGGAGACUCAGCGACAUACAAGUGUAGGUCCAUUCAUCCUCCAUUUAUCCACCCACCCACCCAGUGUGUGUACGUGUGUGCAGGCCGCCUGUGCCGGUGACAGAGCCGGUGCUGAUGUCGCCUUUCCACUCGCCCAUGAUGGUCAGCCAGCCGGACAUUCUGUCAAUCAUUCGCCCACAUGUAUGUGUGUGCAUUGGUGCAGGUUCAGCGUCAACCAUCCUUCCCACCUCCACCGGCACUCACGUAACCACUCACACGCACUCGUGUGCACCCAUUUAUAUGUCGGUGUGUGUGUGGUGCGUGCCCACGUGCAGGAUAUCGACACGUGGCGAGAGCGACGAGCUGCAGGACGGCAGCAAGGAGAGCAGAGACAAGAAGGACUCGACCCGCACCCAUGACGACAAGAGAUGAUGAGAGGAUUGAAGGCGAGACACCCACCACACACAUGAACACAUGUACAGUACACACCAUCCCCCUCCCCCCUUUUGCCCCCCCUCCCCCCUGCGCACACACACAGUUUUCCACGAUUCCACACAUACACACACACACACACACGAGCAGGUGUCUGCUAGUUGCUGUCUAGCUGCUGUGCAUUUUUCUCCAUCACAUGACUGAGUGACUGGGUGACAGACAGACAGACUGACUGACUGAGUGGCCGAUUCUGUGAUUGUGGUUGUGAUUGAUGAAUGAGAUUUUCAUAUUAUCAGCACGGGAUUGCAUCCAAUGGAUAGCCGACCGGUCUAUUUGUUGACAAAGGGGGGGGGGGGCAGAGAGCCUCAGGGAGGGGGGUACUCGUUUAUGUAAGCACACACACACUCAUUCGUUCGUUCAUUCAUUCAUUCAGGGCCAGGGAUAUGAUGCAUUAAGUGUACAGACAUGCGGACAGGCAGACAGGAGACUCUCUCUCACUGCGCUGGGUGGGUGGUAUUUGUUGUGGCCACGGGGUGGGGUCACUGGGGUGGGUUGUGUUGCAUGGAACUGCUGCUCGCUUGCUGCUGCUAUUGCUGCGGAUGAAGAGACGAGCCGGACAGAAAGAGACAGACAGAGAAGAGACCUGACCUCGCAACCGACUGCUGUCACGUGACGCAUUCCAUCGGCGCACACUCAUCAAGCAAUCAACACUUCGCGCAUAGGUACACAUGUGUAUGCC